AUGAACCCUCUACACGAUAUUCUCUCUUCGAUCGAUCCGAGCAAGGCGCGCAUCUUCUCUACAACGCCUCCAGUCCAGCGGUUGGGUACCGGUUCUCCGAAACCUGCCACGGGUGCCCAACGCCCGCCCCAGCGUCCUGCUCAGCCCGCGAAUGGAACUUCGGAAACGUCGGCCUUAAAGCGCAAAGCCUCAAAUCCAGGCGAUGUAGGACAGACCAAAGUACCGCGGAAAGAUGCGCCUAUACCACUUUUACCGACCAACGGCGCGCGGUCGGGAUCAGCCCCUGCCGGAGCACGAUCGACCUCCACCACCCCUACGACUUCGAUGCCAUACCGAGGAACAGCAGGUUUGGGCACCUCGAAGCCCGCAAAUCCGCAGGUGAAGAAGCCUCUAGCUGCCGGUACUGUCCAAACAGCAUCUGCCAAGAUAACACCCUCUACCUCCAGACCGACCGCCCCGAGACCUGCCGCAGCCGCCCCUGGAGCAUCAACAGCACCAGUAAAAAAGGCGGGAGGUUAUCUAGCCAUGUUGCAGAAGGCAAAAGAGAAAGAUGCCACGAAGCCUGCUGCCCCUCCGGCCAAGCCCGAGCCGACUAAGAUCAUGUCUAAGAAGGAGCGGGAUGCUGCCCGGCUUGCAGCUAAAUUAGGUGGUAAAGGUAAGAAGCCACUCGUCGGGCCUCCAGGACGAGUUAUUGAUCCAAAGACGAGCGGUGCUGCCAGUGCUGCGCAAGAGAAACGAAAACCAGCAGACCUCGGAUAUCAAGGCACCGCUCGUCCUGCCCCCAAGAAGCCCGCCGAUGUUGGCUACAAAGGCACAGCCAGACCAGCGGCUGCUGCAUCAUCUGCUGCCCGCCCCGGUACGGCUGCUGCUGCCAAGAAGAAGCCCAAACCUGUCCAGGAUCGUUACGCUGGGUAUGCCGACUGGUCGGACCUGGAUGAUAUGGAAGACGAAGAGGAAGAAGAUUAUGAUUCUGAAGGCUCUUCUGACAUGGAGGCCGGCAUGUGGGAUGUCGAGGAGGAGAACGCCAAGGCACUCAAGGCUGCCAAACAGGAAGAUGCCGAAGCACUUGCCCAGGAGAACGAGCUCAAGCGGAUAAAGGAAGAGCGGAAGAGGAAAUUAGCCGCUAUGAACAAGGCAGCGGCGGGUAAGAGAAAGUUCUAG